UCGAACAGAAAACAUAUCCAAAAUGACUUCCACGUAUCUAUUGGUAAUCAUAUACGUUACCAUAGUGAUAUUCGGCUACUGGGAGGCCGAAGGAAGACGUCCAUCGAAGAAGCUGAACUACUACAACUACGACGACGAUUCGGACAUCUUCGAGAGGCAUUCGGAUACGGAGUACCAACUGCAGCAGAAGGCGCACGAGGAGGACCCCAUGGAUGAGGCACUGGACACCUCCGACCUGGAAAUCGGGCUGGGCCACCGCUUUGGCCGGAAGAAGCACCGUUUGCAGCGCAAGCCGGCCAGGAAGUUUCCCGAAUCCUGGUCCAUGUUGGUCAGCGAAGGUCAGGAGGAAAUGAGGGAGGAGAAAAAUUUGGGUUCCCACUUUAAGAGGCUCGACGAGGAGGACGAACAGCACUAGGAUCCAGAAGAGACCACUCAAGUUCCAUUAUAUACAAUUCCAACAAACCCUAACCAAUUUAUUUGUUGCUUCUUGAGAUUUCCUUAUUUUGGAUAAUCAUGUUCUAAUCAUUAUUCACAAAAGUACACCAAUAUCGCAUGUUUUGUUUAAAUAUAUAAUGGGAUA